GGAGUCAAGCGGCGAGCCACGCCCCCCGCCCUUCCCGAUCGGCUGGAUUCUCGACGCUGCGCAGCUUCCGCGAUGCAGCCCGUCACGCCGGGCGAGGCGGGGGGAGCCUGGGCGGCUGCCCCGCUGGGGACCCUCCCGCAGGACCUGCUGGCGGAGCUGUGCCAGCGAGCCGUGCAGCGGUUGCAAUCCGGGAGGGUCUCUUUCGAUGCCCCCCAGAUGUGCCAGAGGUGCCUCGCGGCCGGCGUGGAAACAACUCCAGCCGACCUGUGCCAGGUGCUUCGGAUCCUCAUCUGGCUUUUUGGCACAGCAGCGAAAAAUAAACUCUCCACCGAAGAAUUUUCCGCCGAAUUAGGCAAAAGGUUCGGUUUUCUGCCACAACAAUCUGGCCAGGUCAUCCAGCAGGUGUGGAAGGAGAAAAGAGAAUCUCUGGUGGGAUUGGAGGAUGCAAAACCCGUGGCAGCAGCCGGACAGCUGGUUGAUUUUCAGUGGAAGCUGGGAAUCGCCGUGAGUGCCGACAGCUGCAAAUCCUUGAAAUCGCCUUGUGUUACGGUGGCGUUAAAAGUUGCCGAUGGUUUGGGGAACGUCACGUGCAAAAGCUUUGAAAUGACAAUCUCUCAGUUUCAGAAUUUCCACAGCCAGUUCAAGGAGAUGGCAAGCGUUCUGGAGACAUUUUGAACCACUCCCCUUGCCGAUCCUAAAAGGUCGUUCUACAGAAUGAUUCUCCGGAAAGAGAUGCAGGCUGAUUCUUCUCUUGGGGUUUUCACCGUGACGUUCUCCAGCUGAAGAGCUGCAAACUCUCCUGCGUUGAGUGAAAUUCUCCAUACCAGUCCUCCUCCUGAAAGAGACCUGCUGUUUCACCCCAGAAUUUAGGUGGAACCGAUCUCAGCCACUCAGAAGAAGACCAGAGGAGUGGCUGCGUAGGAGGAGCAAAUCCUAUCAUGUCCUGAGAAUCCUGAGCAAAUCCUAUCAUGUCCUAUCAUGUCCAAUCCUAUCAUCCUAUCAUGUCCUGCCCAAUAUAUGCCUUCCUUUAAGGCAGGGGUCUGCAAACCCGGCUCUUUUAAGACUUGUGGACUUCAACUC